GAAUGCCUUAAAUAAUGAAAAUUAUCCUGGUUAUUUUUGUUAUCUGGGAAACAGAGUAAAACUUUGUGUGUGAUGAUGGAGUCACAGGAUACAGUGUUUUAAUUGCUUUAAUGCAUGGCGUUUUUUUUAUUAUUUUCAGAAUGGACUUUGUUGAAUUUUAUGUAAAAUUAAUCUUACUACUAUCUCUAAUGCAUUUUUGCAAGAGGAUAAAAACAGAAAAUUUGUUCAGAAUGAGCAGUGGAACUGGUUUAAUAUAGGACUCAAAGGGAGGAAAAUUGCUAAUGUAUAAAUUGUUGAUGUAUAAAUUGUUGAUGUAUAAAUUGUUGAUGUAUAAAUUGUUGAUGUAUAAAUUGUUGAUGUAUAAAUUGUUGAUGUAUAAAUUGUUGAUGUAAAAUUGUUGAUGUAUAAAUUGUUGAUGUAUAAAUUGUUGAUGUAUAAAUUGUUGACGUAUAAAUUGUUGAUGUAUAAAUUGUACUCAGAUUGUCAACUUUGUGCCUUUGUAAUUUAAUAAGUUUACAUCAUAUUUCUUGUAUUUUUUUUUUUUUUUGGUUAUUACAUUAAGAAAAAAAUUCUCUAACAUCUUAAAAGAAUUUUUUUUUUUUAUGAAAAAAUCCUGACACUCUCAUCACUUUUAAUUUUGGAGUCUUGAUGGUGAAAGUUAUUGUUCACUAUGUCUAAAAUACUUGAAAAAAAAAGUGUUCCAGCAACACACAUUACAGUUGAUGCAGAGGAAAAACUACAUCAAUAUUCACAUUCUUCACAAAAAUCUCAGUGUGAAUCAUUGAUAACAGUUAAUAAAGACAAAAAAACUCUUCAAUGUUUAAUGUGUUUGAAAGAAUUUUCUAAAAAAGAAUAUUUGAUGAGACACAUGGGAAUUCAUACCAGAGAGAAACAAUAUAAAUGUUCAGAGUGUCUGGAAGAGUUUGCAGUCAAAUCUUAUUUAGUAAAACACAUAAGAAUUCAUACUGGAGAGAAACCAUAUCAAUGUUCGGAAUGUCUUAAAGAGUUUUCCAUUAAAUCUCAUUUAGUAGAACACCUGAGAAUUCAUACUGGAGAGAAACCAUAUCAAUGUUCGGAAUGUCUCAAAGACUUUAAGACAAAAUCUGCUUUAGUAAGACACAUGAAAAUUCAUUCUGGAGAGAAACCAUAUCAAUGUUCGGAAUGUCUUAAAGAGUUUUCCAUGAAAUCUCAUUUAGUAGAACACAUGAGAAUUCAUACUGGAGAGAAACCAUAUCAAUGUUCAGAAUGUCUCAAAGGGUUUUCAAAAAAUUUUAGUUUAGUGAAACACAUGAGAAUUCAUUCUGGAGAGAAACCAUAUCAGUGUUCAGAAUGUCUAAAAGGGUUUACCAAUAAAUCUAGUUUAAAGCUACACAUAAGAAUUCAUACUGGAGAGAAACCAUAUCAAUGUUCAGAGUGUCUAAAAGAGUUUACCAUUAAAUCUUGUUUUGAGCAACACACAAGAAUUCAUACUGGAGAGAAACCAUUUCAAUGUUCAGAAUGUCUAAAGGAUUUUUCCUUGAAAUCUUAUUUAGUAAAACAUAUGAAAAUUCAUGCUUAAGAGAAACCAUAUCAAUGUUCAGAAUGUCUAAGAGAGUUUUCCAUAAAAUCUAAUUUAGUACAACACACUAGAAUUCAUACUGGAAAGAAACCAUAUUAAUGUCUAACAGAGUAUCCAGAUCUACUUAAUUUAGUAAAACACCUGAGACUUCAUGCUAGUUAGAAAUUUUAUAAGUGUUUAACAUGUAAAAAUUUUCUCACAAUCAGUUUUGUUAAAACAAACUCCAAGCCAUAUGGGAAGGAAAUCUUGUCAAUGGAGUGUGAUUAGAAGACAUAAUAACAUGUGAUAGCAACAUGCAUGAUAAUUGGAGAUAAUACUAAGUCUCUCCUCACUUAGUGAUGUACUCGUUUACUGAUGCCUCAGACUUACGAUGGUCCUUCUGAUUUUCGUACUUAAAUAAUGUAUAUUAGAGCUGAUUUCCUCUAUUCUGUGUAUUGCAAUAUACUGUAUAUUACUGUAUAAACAUUUACAAAUACAGUGGACCCCCGGUUUACGAUCAGCUCCCAAUGCGACCAAUUAUGUAAGUGUAUUUAUGUAAGUGCGUUUGUACAUGUAUGUUUGGGAGUCUGAAAUGGACUAAUCUAAUUCACAAUAUUCCUUAUGGGAACAAAUUCGCUCAGUAAUGGCGCCUGAACAUACUUCUGGAAUGAAAUAAUAUCGUAAGCCGGGGGUCCACUGUAUUCCAGAAAUAUUAUUAAUGGUGCAAAGGUAAUGUUAAAACAAUAUCAAAGAUGGUUGACACAAUGCUCCUCAUUUAGCAACAAAUUCAUUUACCGACGUGGUGUUAGGAAUGGAACUCUGUCGUUAAGUGAGGAGAGGCUGUAUUUAACCCGUAAACAGUCCAAACGUAUAUAUACGUUCACUAUCUCAGUGCCCCGAAUACUUUGAAAAAUAAAUAAAUCAUUUUUUUUUUAACCCAUAAACGGUCCAAACGUAUAUAUACGUUUUUUCAACAUUUGAAAGUAUGUAAAAAAAGUAGAUCUUCUUUUUGUUUUUUUACAUUUGAAAAUGUGUAAAAAAACUUUGAUCUACUGUUUUUUUUUUUUUGUUAUAUUUGAAAAUAUGUAAAAAAAACAUAGAUCUACUUUUGUAGCACUACACAUGUGAACGUAGAUCUGCUGGGACCGUUUACGGGUUAAUGGAAAUAAAGAGCACAUUUUUCUAAGUAUUAUAGGAUAAAAAAAAAUUAGGGUCAGUACUUACCGAGAUAUGAGGCUGAGAAGUUGGCACUGGAUGCUCAUGUGACAGCAACAUCGAGUCCUGCCGCUUGCAGAAGUGUUGCCGGCGUGCCUUUUUUUCUAAUUUUCGUAUUUUAUAUAAUUUUUAUGUUCUGAUAAUUACAAUUUAUAGUAGU